CACAUCCCUACACCUACCCUGUUCGGCUCUUACCUCUUUUAAUUUGUAGGUGAUUCCAUCCUCUCCUUUUGGCUCAUCUUCGAAGCUAACUGCAAAACCCCAAAAAUGGCGAUGGAGGACAGCAAUGUAGCGCCCAAGAACAAGUCUUUUGAGAUAAUAUUAGGGUCAUCCUCAGCGGCGCGUCGUGAGAUUCUGGCUGAGAUGGGCUAUGAAUUCUCCAUCAUGACUGCAGAUAUAGACGAAAAAGGUAUUAGGAAGGAAAACCCCGAAGAACUCGUGUCUGCCCUAGCAGAGGCGAAGGCCGAUGCUCUCAUGAUAAAGCUCGAGGCGACAGGCAAACUGAAGGAAAUGUCACGGCCUACAUUGCUUAUCACUGCAGAUACAGUGGUAGUAUAUCAAGGUACUAUUCGAGAAAAACCAUCAAAUGAGAGAGAAGCACGCCAGUUCAUUACAGACUACUCGGGCAGCUCUGCCAGGGUCGUGGGAUCAGUUCUUGUAACCAAUCUGGUAACAGGUUGUAGAAAAGGGGGAUGGGACAGUGCAGAGGUUUAUUUCCUAGACAUACCUGAAGAAGUAGUGGAUAGCCUGAUUGAAGAAGGGAUCACUUUUAAUGUUGCUGGUGGUCUGAUGCUUGAACAUCCGCUUAUUUUUCCAUUGGUGGACACCGUGAUAGGAACUGCUGAUUGUGUGAUGGGACUUUCUAAAACUCUUACAGAGAACCUCAUUCGGGAUGCCCUGUAGAAGCUGAUGGCUUACUGCGUCCCAGGAGAUCCCGUCAUCCUCGUAGAAGUUCUUUUUAAAUGAACACAGAGAAGAUAUCCUACAAUGGACAUUCAAAUUCAUGUGACGGAGAAGCUUUCCUCCAAUUGAUUUCCUGCGGCCGGUUGGUAUGAAAGCUCUGAACAAAUGAAUCUGAUGAUUUUGCUCAAGAAACUGUUGAUCAAUAAAGAAGAAGACCCGAUCAAAAAGAAGAAGACUGUGAGAGGAGAUUGAGUGGAAUGUGACCGAAAAGCCAUCAAAUUGCACAUGCUCGAUACUCUAGAGUUGGACAAUGGAGUCUACUACAAUGGCAGGAUUUUUCGUAUUUCUGGGUCGUAUCUCAAUAGCUUCACAAAAUUCCAACCAUUUAGCGUCAAUGGAAGGACAAACCUACUACUUUGAAGAAUCUUGUGGUCUCAUCGACUUCUUGGAUAACAAUUUGCAUAGUUAGGUAGGACUGCAUAUUUCCUGUGAGUAAUAUUUUACAAUGGAGCACACUUUGCAAGCAAGCAAGAAUGUGUAAAUCGAUGUCCGAACUACACCAAAUUGAUUGAAGCAACAUCUAUAUCGAAAGGAUCCGCGGAAAGAUCAACGUGCGAAAUUCAUAUAUACUUUAGAUUUUUUUGCAUCCCACCGGAAUAAAGUGCAAGCGACCACCAGAGUCUCUCAAAAUCGUAUUCCUUCUCCCGUUGAGAUUCGACAUUGUUCGACUCUAAUGGAUCAAGAAAGUUCCCAAAGUAUAAAAGGUGUUGGAAGUCCAAGAAUAGAGAAUUCUAUUGAAGGAUAUAGAUAUGAUUGCAAGACAUACAAAUAGCAUCUCAUAAAUGAUAAUUUAAAUGUGUUAUAA